UUGGUUGACGUGAUUUCAUGUUAACAUUUUUCCCCUUUAAUAACUUGCACAUUUGUUAUGAAGUAUUAACAACCUUUGCCUAUAUGUAUGUAUAUUAUAUAUAGGUAAAUAAAUUAAUUUUAAAUAAAUCAUGGAAAUAACCCACCGCACUGUCCACAUUUUAUCAAAAUUCUAUUGAAAUAAAGUAUUGUUAUUUUGUAUUGUAGGAAUAAUUUUCCUUUAUUUCACACUUUGAAACUGCUCAUGCUUAAAUAAUGCGCUUAGAUGGGUAAGUCAUUAAUAUAAAUAUAAAAUAUAUGUUGCUUUUAAUCGUAAGAUGUUUAUGGCUACUAUAUACUGAAUGUGUUUUUUUACUUUUGUAAAUAAUUUUACUUGUAUACAGGGUGGAAUUUAAUUCACUAAUUCCCUCAUACAAUUGCACACCAUAAAUCUAUAAUUUAAAAUACAUAAAAAGAUAAAAAAAUUGGCGACAGAUAGGAUAUAUUAAAUCACACAUAAAGUCUGACUUCGAUGAUUAUGGUAUUUUUUUUUAUUUAUAUUUGGCUUUUCAACUGCUAGAGAAUUGUUCUAUGUUAUUUACUGAUAACAUAUUAUGUUUGGGUAAACAGUGAAUUAAAUUGCACAAUGUAAAAAUGUGUUCAUUAUAUAGGUGAUCUAAAAUAUAUAUUUUAAAAAUUAAGGUUUUAUAGGUUAUGAUUAAAUAGUGUUUAUUAAAAUCUAAGCUGUUGCAUGAAUUGAUUUUAAUUUGAUAUUAAUCUAUUCACAGAAUAUGUAUUUUAGACCACAUUGAUAUUUUUUUUAACUUUUAAGCAUGUUUUUGAAUGAUGUAAUUAAUAUUUUAUUUUAAUUUAUAUUUUCAGAAAUUCAGUGAUUGAAUACAUUGAGAAUCGUCUUCAAGAGUCUUUGAAGGAGGACAAAGGUACAGGAUGUGAUAUACCCCAUCUGGACCCGUUCGCUAAAGAGGUGACGCAGUUCGACAAGGUGCUGCCCAAAGUGGUCUGUGAUGGCCGGGAUUGGGUAAAAUGUUAUCUAUCAGAAUGCAAAGUUGUCCCGGAAAUCCUGGCGACGACCAGGGACAUAGUGUGCACGUACUGGAACAUUAUACAUAAGAGCGACAAGGAACACUAUCUGGGAGCCCCUCGAGACGUGAAGGAUGAUGAAGUGUACGUGUUGGAGAAGAGCGAUCAUGUUAAGAUCAAAUGUAUUGGCACACACUUGAACAGCAUGCUUCAUUCAAAAUGGACGGGUCAUUCCCUGGGUUUCCGUACGACCGUGGUUCGCAAACAGCCGCCACCAGGCAGAGAGAAUACGAUCAACAUACUCAUAUUCGGGUUCGAUUCUACGUCCAAGAACGGGUUCAUACGAAGAAUGCCGAAGAGCUACGAGUUUCUCACGAAGGAGUUGGAAGGCAUUGUCUUGCAGGGAUACAACAUCCUUGGCGACGGGACGCCGGCAGCUUUGUUCCCGAUACUGACCGGGAAGAACGAGCUGGAGUUACCAGACGUGAGGAAGAAGAUGAAGAACAACGGCACCAUGGACAUGAUGCCGUUCAUCUUCUACAAGCUGAGAGAUGACGGAUAUCGAACCGCGUACUUCGAGGACAUGCCGUGGAUAGGCACGUUCCAGUACCGCUUCAAUGGGUUCAAGCAUCAACCAGCCGACCACUACCUACGCUCGUUCUACCUUGAGGAGUCCAGCAGCGGGAAGAAGUGGUGGAAGGGCGGCUCCAACAACAAGUACUGCAUCGGAGACACUCCUCAGUACAAGAUGAUGAUGAACAUCACUGAGCAGUUCCUGAGCCUGGACGGCAAGAAGUUCUGCUUCACGUUCAUAGCGGAUAUCACGCAUGACGACUUCAACAUGAUCUCCACUGCUGACGAGCAUACGGUGGAGUUCCUGCAGGCGCUGAGGGACCAGGGAAGGUUGCGGGAUACCUUGCUGUUCGUCAUGGGCGACCAUGGGCCAAGAUAUGCCAAGGUCCGUGACACACUACAAGGCAAGCUCGAAGAGCGUCUGCCAUUCAUGACGAUCGUCCUCCCUGAGACCCUGCGAAGGUCUAGGCCAGAGGCCCUGGACGCCCUGAAGCAUAAUGCCCACGUGCUGACCACUCCACACGAUAUCCACGCCACUGUCCUCGAUGCUAUGGACCUGCAGAGGUACUGGAACCCUUACAAGGUCAGGGGAGCAGAUCUGGCGCGAGGAUUGACGCUUUUUGAGCCUGUGAGUGUUUUGAUUCGUUAUUUUUUAUACUGUUUUAUGGAGAAAUAG